AGAAAAAACAUACACACUUUGUUCAAAAUGGCAGCCACCGCACAGAAAUUAACCCCCAUUCCUAAUUUGGAGCGAAUUUCACAGCGUGUCAUACGAAUUCUAGGAUGUAAUCCAAGACCGUUGACACUACAAGGAACAAAUACAUAUCUUGUUGGUACAGGACCAAAGAGAAUAUUGAUUGAUGCUGGUGAUCCUGAAGUUCCUGAUUAUAUUAACAAUCUGAAGAAAGCCUUGAAGGAUUUCCAGAGUUCCAUCCAAGAGAUUGUCAUAACACACUGGCAUAAAGAUCAUGUUGGGGGUGUCCAAGAUGUUUGUCGGGAAGUUUUACAAUCUUCAGAUAUAAAGGUAUCCAAGUUUAGUCGCCCUGAAGGACAUGAGGAGUACAAUAUUGGUUUUCCCUAUAAUUUUGUGAAGGACAAUGCUGUGUUUCAAACUGAAGGUGCUACACUAAAGGCCCUUUUUACACCGGGUCAUUCAGAUGACCACAUGGUACUGUUACUGGAGGAGGACAGGGCCAUUUUCUCUGGUGAUACCAUCCUAGGGGAGACAACUGCUAUGUUUGAGGAUCUUCACACCUACAUGGCUUCCCUUGACCGAAUACUACAGAUCCGUCCUUCAGUCAUCUACCCCAGUCAUGGUCCCAUAAUCACUGACCCUGUCGACAAGGUCACAAACUACAUCAACCACCGCCUCACCCGAGAGAGACAGAUAGAAGAAACCCUCGGACAAGACCCGAACGCCUGGCUUACCUCCAUGGAACUAGUAGAAAGAAUAUACGUAGGUUUAGCUGAUGGCUUAAAACAUGCUGCCAAUAUAAAUGUUUGUCAGCAUCUGUUAAAGUUAGUCAAGGACGGAAAAGUGGAAUUUGAAGAAAGAGAUGGAACAAAAGUAUGGAAGAAAAAAUGUCAAAGCAACAUGUGAUUUGUUGAUAAUUGUCCUUGUAAUGGUAGAGCUCUGUCAUUUGUAGUGUUAAGAUGGAUACCAAACUUUGUAAUGGUAGAGCUCUGUCAUUUGUAUGUAGUGUUAAGAUGGAUACCAAACCUUGUAAUGGUAGAGCUCUGUCAUUUGUAGUGUUAAGAUGGAUACCAAACCUUGUAAUGGUAGAGCUCUGUCAUUUGUAGUGUUAAGAUGGAUACCAAACUUUGUAAUGGUAGAGCUCUGUCAUUUGUAGUGUUAAGAUGGAUACCAAACCUUGUAAUGGUAGAGCUCUGUCAUUUGUAUGUAGUGUUAAGAUGGAUACCAAACUUUGUAAUGGUAGAGCUCUGUCAUUUGUAUGUAGUGUUAAGAUGGAUACCAAACUUUGUAGUGGUAGAGCUCUGUCAUUUGUAUGUAGUGUUAAGAUGGACAACAAACCUUGUAAUGGUAGAGCUCUGUCAUUUGUAGUGUUCAGAUGGAUAUCAAACCUUGUAAUGGCAGAGCUCUGUCAUUUGUAUGUAGUGUUAAGAUGGAUACCAAACCUUGUAAUGGUAGAGCUCUGUCAUUUGUAUGUAGUGUUAAGAUGGAUACCAAACCUUGUAAUGGUAGAGCUCUGUCAUUUGUAGUGUUAAGAUGGAUACCAAACCUUGUAAUGGUAGAGCUCUGUCAUUUGUAGUGUUAAGAUGGAUACCAAACUUUGUAGUGGUAGAGCUCUGUCAUUUGUAGUGUUAAGAUGGACAACAAACCUUGUAAUGGUAGAGCUCUGUCAUUUGUAGUGUUCAGAUGGAUAUCAAACCUUGUAAUGGUAGAGCUCUGUCAUUUGUAGUGUUAAGAUGGAUACCAAACCUUGUAAUGGUAGAGCUCUGUCAUUUGUAGUGUUAAGAUGGAUACCAAACCUUGUAAUGGUAGAGCUCUGUCAUUUGUGCGUAGUGUUAAGAUGGAUACCAAACCUUGUAAUGGUAGAGCUCUGUCAUUUGUGCGUAGUGUUAAGAUGGAUAACAAACCUUGUAAUGGUAGAGCUCUGUCAUUUGUAGUGUUAAGAUGGAUACCAAACUUUGUAGUGGUAGAGCUCUGUCAUUUGUAUGUAGUGUUAAGAUGGAUAACAAACCUUGUAAUGGUAGAGCUCUGUCAUUUGUAGUGUUAAGAUGGAUA